AUGAUUUUAUCUGAAAGGAAUAAACCUAACAUGUUGUUAUAAAGAAAAUACAAACCCAUUUCUUUGUCUUAAGUUUUGAAAAAACCUCUUAUUGUUAAGUCUUUACCACCUAUUUAUGUUUCACCAUCAUAAAGAUCAUAAUUGAAAAAACCAUAAAAAUAAGAAAAUUGUUUAUCAUAAAGACCAUCAUAGCCUUAAAUUUUCAAUAAAUUUGAAGGUCUAGGAGCUAUUGGACUUUCAUUCAAUCCUAUAGAAAAAGAACCUCUUUAAUAAUAAUAUGCUUUAAUGAGCAGUAAGAAACUUGCUAUAUAAGUCUCAAAAAAGUAUACUACACAUCGAAAAAUGAAUAUAUAACCAUUAUAAAAUUAAUCCUAAAAGUAUUAUACAGAAGCUUAAAUAGACAAAGUAAAUAAAUGGUCAUAAACAACCUUUGAUGAGGACCAAUUAUUAGAAUAUUUAAACACUUGAA